AUGCAGCUGCUGAAGGGCAGUGACGCGGCUGAGAAGGCAACGGAGGUAAUGCAGCUAACGACAAUUGUACGUGGUAAAGAUGUCUACAUGCUGCUGGGAAACUACAGCCGUACAACAUCUAAAGCUGAAGUUCCCGGUAAAGACGGCUGGAAGCUGUUCCUUGUGAAGGGAAUAGUCACUGGAGAGAAUGACGAAAAGAAGAUCCAGUGGGGUGAGAUCCAUGCAGUGAAGCCUGAAUCUGGAGUUCAUGGAUCUUUGACUCAUUUAUCUGGUGGCGGAGGGUCGGGUGUUGUGCUGCAGGACGGCACGCUUGUGUUCCCCAUGCAGGCCACAGACACGAAGAAUGGAAAGGGCGUUUUUCUGGCCAUGCGUUUCAUCAAGCCAAAGAAGAAAUGGGAGCUUUCGUCUGGUGUGACUGAUGGUAAGGGCUGCCGAGAUCCAUCCAUCGCGGAGUGGGGAGAAAACCAAGUCGUCGCGAUGGCUCCCUGUGAGCAAGGCUCCUACGACGUGUACAAGUCGCCAGGGGAUGGUAAAAGUUGGCUUGGCGCUGAACCAAUUUCACGCGUGUAG